AUGAUUGACGUGGUCAGCGGCGUGGGUGGAGGAGCUGAGCUGGACCUCCUCGAGAUUCGCUUCCUGGAGCUGGUCGACGUCGUCGACUACUUCGUAGUGGCCGAGUCGGCAUUCAAUUUCCGUGGCGAUACCAAGCCUCGCUUGUUCGACAAAAACAAAGGUCGGUUCGAGGCGUUCCUACCCCGCAUUGUUUACCUAGAUCUUGACGCUUGCAGGCCUUACCGCUCUGCCGUGGACAAGUUUCGACGGAAGUCUCCAGACCAGAAGCAGCAGAAUGUGUGGGACAUCCAAUCGGCCCAGCGGAACUGCAUUUGGACGUUGCUGAAGCGCCACAAGAACAUCAGCAGUGACACUCUCGUGAUCCACACAGACCUGGACGAAAUUCCAACUGCGGAGGCCAUGUGGUCCCUGAGGAAUUGCAAGUGGUCCGAUCCAGGUCCAACAGUAAAAUACCACGACAUUGUCCAGUUGCACCUGCUGGCGCUUUUGUACAACCUGCGAACGUUACAGAGUGUCCCCAGCGACAAUUGGGUCCAGGGCACGGUCCGAAAGUUCAGCAGAAUAACUGUCAACCCGUUGUAUUGGAGCGAGGACUAUAGUCGAAGCUGCUGCGCGGCCUGCAGCUCCGCCGGCCUCUGCAGGGCCCUCUGGCAGCUCGGUGACCUCCUCCGCGACGUCGGAGUGGAUGCCGCUGCCGCUGGACUCCACGGCUUUGCCCGCGACGUGGUCGCGCUGCUGCUGUUGCUGGUCACGCCGCAGCUCGUGGAGCCGCGAACUACAAGUUUAUCCAGCACGGUGAAGGUGGUGGUCUUCCCGCCCCUGUACUGA